AUGGAAUAUGUGAUUUUUUUAAUUGAGACGUGUUUAAUUUGUGGUCUUAUCUUUCAGGUAAUUGCCUUUGUCUCCCUGUUUUUCAUCCUGGUGUCCAUCACUAACUUCUGCCUGGAGACCCAUGAGGUCUUCAAUGAACUUCGUAAUGUCACAUCUACAAAUACUGAAAGCAACUCCACCAUGACCUCCGUCAUCUCGAAGAUGGAGAUGGAGCCCAAACCAGUGCUGACGUUGGUGGAGGGAAUCUGCGUGGUGUGGUUUACCUUCGAGUUCCUGGUCCGUAUCAUAUGUUGCCCAAACAAACUUCUCUUCAUCAAGAACCAACUAAACAUCAUUGACUUUGUUGCCAUCCUGCCCUACUAUCUGGAGCUGAGUUUGGCCGGCGUCAAAUCCGAAGCUGCCAAGGACGUCCUUGGCUUUCUGCGAGUGGUCCGUUUUGUGCGCAUCCUACGGAUCUUUAAGCUGACUCGACACUUUGUGGGUCUCAGGGUUCUCGGCCACACCUUGCGGGCGAGUGUGAAUGAGUUCUGUCUGCUCAUCAUCUUUCUGGCGCUCGGGGUGCUCAUCUUCGCCACCAUGAUCUACUACGCCGAACGUAUUAGCGCAGAUCCCCAAGACCCUAGUGGCUGCAACCACACGCAUUUCAAGAGCAUUCCCAUCGGCUUCUGGUGGGCUGUGAUCACAAUGACAACAGUAGGCUAUGGGGAUAUGUACCCUAAGACGUGGCUGGGCAUGAUGGUCGGUGCAUUAUGUGCGUUAGCAGGUGUGCUUACCAUUGCCAUGCCAGUGCCCAUUAUCGUUAACAAUUUUGGGAUGUACUACUCAUUGGCGAUGGCCAAGCAGAAGUUGCCCAAGAAGAAGAAGAAGCACAACCCAAACCCACACAUGGUGAUGAACUCUGCCUCGUUUGGGAAGUCUGAAAGCAACUCACCAAGGAACAGCACACAAAGUGACACUUGCCCCCUUGCCGCGGAGGAGAACCUUGGAAGAAACCGCUCAGAUUCAAAGCAGAAUGGUGAUGCUACCGUAACUCUUUCUGAAGAGGAGAGCUGCAGUCUGACCCAGCCGCUCUCUCCGGGCGAGAGGUGGACGCUUCGAUGCUCACGCAAUAGAGACAAGCCCAUGAAAGAGGCAACUUGUUUCCUGCUAAAUUCUGGAGACUUUUCUUGUGGAGCUGAACCCACCAUCCACACAGAGAGCUGUAAAGAUGCGCUCACAUCCCCAGCAAACUACACUCAAGCAGAAGUCACUACCCUGACCUGAGGGGGGUUUGUCCUGAUGGGACGGGUGGGUCACUCAUUCGGGAUGCUCACCAAUCUCUCGUCUUCUCAUCAGUCAUGCAUCGUAUUUCUCAGUCAAGAAUAUUUCUAGUCAUGUCAUCAUGUAUUUCUGUCCAUUUGAAAUGCUGCCAGGCAUGUUUUUGCAUGAGAGAGCAUAAGUACUUUUGG